ACUUUGUUGGAGGUAGUAUAGCUCAGGAACAGAUUGUUUCCUCCUCCUCCUCCUGAGUUCUGUCGGUAUUUUGCUUUUUCGUUGUGUGCUUCUGGUUUGUUUAUAUUUUUAAGUUGUCUUUUAUUUUUACGUAUUAUUUCAAUAACAUGAUGAUUUCAGAACUCGUUUUUUUGUUUUAAUGGCUUGAAUCGCAGUGGCUGUUGGAAGUACUUAGUUGAUGGAUACGAGUUUUGCCUAAUCGUCGUUAAUCAGCAAUGGUGGAUACUUUUUUAGGUGUUUGGUCAUAAGCAAGGUUUGCUGUGACCUUUUCCAAGUAUGAGAUCAGAAUGAAACCCCGAGUAGACGAGCAGGAGUCACCAGGUUAUGCAGCCCAGCACCGUCGAUUGACCAGCAACACAGAAUCGACAUUUCAGCAUCGUGUGCUUGCACCAGCACCUCCAGCACAUGAGACUGCACCUGAAACCAUGCAGCCUUCCACUGGUGUUCAGUACUCUGUCACACCUAGCUAUCAGAUGUCGGCAGUGGUGCAGAGCACAGGAGGUCAUGGGCACUCUCCAGUGACUGUACACAGUACUCACCAUCACAACGCACCAGUUCAGUCACUUGGUGGACAAGUGGCACCGAGUAACCCCCACACAACACCUCAGGCUCCACCUGUGCAGGGGCAGCAACAGUUUCAAAGACUCAAGGUGGAAGAUGCUCUGUCUUAUCUGGACCAGGUGAAGUUGCAGUUCGGCAGUCAGCCUCAGGUCUAUAAUGAUUUUCUAGAUAUCAUGAAGGAGUUCAAGUCCCAGAGUAUUGAUACUCCAGGAGUUAUAAGCCGCGUGUCUCAGUUAUUCAAGGGACAUCCUGACCUCAUUAUGGGCUUCAACACUUUUUUACCACCAGGUUAUAAAAUAGAGGUUCAGACAAAUGAUUUGGUCAAUGUAACAACACCAGGGCAAUUGCACCAGAUUACUCCUCAUGGAAUACAGUCUCAGCCACAGCAGCAGUCUCCUACUGCACCACCAACCCCAGUGUCAGCGCAGCCAGCCCCUCAACUGCCUCCUGCCAAGGUCCCAAAGCCAUUACAUUCACCAGCACACACACCAAGUAACCAGCCAAAUCCCUCUAUCCCGCCUUAUGCUUCUCCUCGUUCACCACCACUGCAGCCUCAUACACCGGUUAGUGGAAGCCAUACAACAACUCCUGCUCUACAAAAUAACCAACCAGUAGAGUUUAACCAUGCCAUCAAUUAUGUCAAUAAAAUCAAGAACCGAUUCCAGGGACAACCAGAUAUAUACAAAGCCUUUCUGGAGAUCCUGCACACUUACCAGAAAGAACAGAGAAAUGCAAAAGAAGCUGGUGGUAAUUACACCCCUGCACUGACAGAGCAGGAGGUUUAUGCACAGGUGGCACGACUGUUUAAAAACCAAGAAGAUCUAUUAUCAGAAUUUGGACAGUUCUUGCCAGAUGCUAACAGCUCUAUGAUGAUAAAUAAGACAGCAGCUGAAAAGGUAGAGUCUGUGAGAAAUGACCAUGGUGGUACAGUAAAAAAGCCACAGAUAAACAGCAACAAACUGCGACCCAAUCAUCAGAAUGGCUGCCAUAUUAGACGCCACUCAGGAUCUGGCACAACUCCACCUGUCAAGAAGAAAGCAAAGCUGAUUGGCUUAAAAGAUCCAUCCAUGACAGAAGGUGGUAAACAUGGACCUGGAAGUGAAAUGUUGUUCUUUGAAAAGGUCCGUAAAGCUCUUCGCAGUACUGAAGCUUAUGAUAGUUUCCUGAGAUGUCUGGUCAUAUUUAACCAAGAAGUUAUUUCUCGUACAGAGCUGGUACAACUUGUUUCACCUUUCCUAGGUAAAUUUCCUGAGAUAUUUACCUGGUUUAAGAAUUUCCUUGGUUACAAGGAAUCCAUGCACAUCGAAUCCUUUCCCAAAGAACGAGCAACGGAGGGGAUUGCAAUGGAGAUAGAUUAUGCCUCCUGUAAGCGACUUGGGUCCAGCUACAGAGCACUACCAAAGAGCUAUCAGCAACCAAAGUGUACAGGAAGGACUCCACUUUGUAAAGAGGUUUUAAAUGACACAUGGGUGUCCUUCCCAUCUUGGUCUGAAGACUCUACCUUUGUCAGUUCUAAAAAAACUCAGUAUGAAGAGCACAUUUACAGAUGUGAGGAUGAGCGGUUUGAGCUUGAUUUUGUCUUGGAAACAAACUUGACAACUAUUAGGGUCCUUGAGACAGUUCAGAAAAAGCUGUCUCGAAUGGCUGCUGAAGAUCAGGCCAAAUUUAGACUGGAUAAUGCACUGGGUGGCACAUCUGAAGUGAUUUAUCGUAGAGCAAUUCAAAGGAUAUAUGCUGACAAAGCCCCAGAUAUCAUCGAUGGGCUAAAGAAGAACCCUGCCAUGGCUGUUCCUUUAGUACUUAAAAGGUUAAAAAUGAAAGAUGAAGAAUGGAGAGAAGCUCAGCGGGGGUUCAACAAAAUCUGGAGGGAGCAGAAUGAAAAAUACUAUCUGAAGUCACUCGAUCAUAAAGGCAUUAACUUUAAACAAAAUGAUACCAAAGUCCUGCGGUCAAAGAACCUCCUUAAUGAAAUAGAAGGAAUAUAUGAUGAGCGGCAAGAACAAGCAUCAGAAGAUAACACUAGCAUGCCUUUUGGUCCCCAUUUGACCUUGAUAUAUGAGGAUAAACAGAUUCUAGAUGAUGCUGCUUCUCUCAUUAUCCACCAUGUGAAACGUCAGGCUGGAAUCCAGAAGGAGGAAAAGUAUAAGAUAAAACAAAUAGUUUAUCAUUUUCUGCCAGACUUGCAGUUUGCACAGCGAGGUGAGUUGUCAGAUAUUGAAGAUGAAGAUGAGGAGGAGGAGAUGGACAUUGAUGAUAAUGGUGGGACUACAAAAAGACACAAUGGUGUUGGUGGCAGCCCAUCAAAGUCAAAACUGAUGUUUAACAAUAUGUCUGCUCAGAAAUUGCGAGGCAUGGACGAUGUGUACAAUUUGUUUUUUGUCAAUAACAACUGGUACAUUUUUUUGAGGCUGCACCAGAUACUGUGCUCACGCCUGUUGAAGAUCUACAAUCAAGCAGAGAAACAGAUUGAAGAAGAUAGAGAAGAGAGGGACUGGGAACGAAAUGUACUGGGAAUUAAACGAGACAAAAAUGAUUAUCCAGCCAUUCGAUUACGGUUAAAGGAACCCAUGGACAUCGAUGUAGAAGACUAUUAUCCAGCCUUCCUGGAUAUGGUUCGGAACCUUCUAGAUGGUAACAUGGAGCCAGCUCAGUAUGAAGAUUCAUUAAGAGAGAUGUUUACAAUCCGUGCUUAUGUAGCAUUUACAAUGGAUAAACUUGUGCAAAGCAUCGUUAGACAGCUACAGCACAUAGUGACUGAUGAGGUAUGUAUACAGGUGACAGACCUGUACCUUUCAGAGAUAAGUAAUGGAGCCACGGGUGGACUACUGGCUAAUCAAGUAUCUCGUGCUGCAGUUGAAGCCAUCUACCAACGUAAAGCUGAACAGCUGAUGUCUGAUGAGAAUUGCUUUAAGCUAGUAUUUAUUCAGAGACAUGGUCAGGUGCAGUUGUCAGUGGAACUCCUGGACACAGAAGAUGAGAAUUCUGAUGACUUUGUGGAUGCUGAGCGAUGGUCGGACUAUGUAGAGCGAUAUGUGAACUCUGAUUCUACAUCCCCUGAACUUCGGGAGCAUCUAGCACAGAAACCAGUAUUUUUGCCAAGGAAUCUUCGACAGAUCCGCAAAUGCCAACGUGGCAAAGAACAACAUGAAAAGGAUGGGAACAGUAAGAAGUCUAUAGACAAUGUGGAAAGCUUGGAUAAGAUGGAGUGUAAAUUCAAGCUGAACUCUUAUAAGAUGGUAUAUGUGUUUAAAUCUGAGGAUUACAUGUACAGGAGAACUGCUCUGUUAAGGGCUCACCAGUCUCAUGAGCGAGUAAGCAAGAGGUUACACCAGCGAUUCCAAGCUUGGGUAGACAUGUGGCUCAAAGAACAUGUCAUACCGGAAAUGGCAAUGGAGACCUGCAGGUGGCUGAUGGGCGAAGGACUGGAAGGAAUGGUUCCAUGCUCUACCACAUGUGAGAGGGAAACUCUGCAUUAUAUGAGCAUUAAUAAGUACAGGGUUAAAUAUGGCACAGGAUUAAAUGCAUCCUAAUCAUGGCAGACGUGGGGAAGUGAGGAAAGCGAAACUGUUACCCAGCUAAUUUUAAUGUUUCUUUGGUAGGCAUUUGAAAGGUACAGUAUGCUGGCAUUGUGAUGGCUGUCAUUCAGUUUUGUUCAACAUUCUAAUGCAGAUGAUUGUUUAAGGAUGCUGGAUCAUGGUAUGAAUUUAAUGUAAAUAAGAAACUAUGGUAGUAGCAUAAUUGUUGCUCACCGAUUGGCAGUCUUUCAAGGAACUUCACUGUGGUGGCAAUACAUGUAACAGAAAAUGCAUUUCCAGUAAUAUUAUUUUUAAAGGGUGCUUAACUCCCUCCUUUAAAGUAUUAGGCGAUGUUAAGCUCAAGUCAUAUUAGAGAUUUGUAUGUAGAGUGUACUAGGGGUAAGCUUACACUUGCAAACUGCAUAGGCACAUGGUCUGCUAUUUUUACCAGAUGUUCUAAUGCCGAUCAUCUAUAUCCCUUUAGUUGUAGAAGUAUAUUCUGUACCCAGUACGAUCCCAGGAGUAUUACCAGUGUGCCUAGGUUCUCUGUAUGUGCCAAGUCUGUCUUCUGUGUCUGUUUCUGUCAGAAUAAGAAGACUCUCUCUCCCUUAAUGUUGUUGGAAUUUCUAUUUUUUGACCUGCUGCUUUGCAUCUCUGGAGUUUUUCCUGUAGUGAUUGCCUUUGCAUUUAUCAAUCAUUUCAAGAUUUUUUGAUGUUUACUCCCUACCCCAUAAUGUCCGUGCCCAAGUCUCUCUGAUAUCUUCCACUCUCUGCCUUUUGGAAUAUCCCAGUUAUCACAAGCUUGUAUAACUCUGAGAUGGCUGACCUAUACUGCCAGCCAUGUUGGCCUGCUCAGUGUGCCAGUUCUGUUAUAGCACUGCACAAAAAAACCCUUGCAUGUUCACUUUGUGUUUACCAUAGCAGUUUGUCAUGCGGUUUGACAGCUCCUGCUUUUGUACAUAGUCUUUUACCACUCGAUCACCACCAAGUGUUUUUUUUUUCUUCUUCUGCUUAUUAUUUUGGGGGAAGGGUUCAUUUUAUUUUGUUACUGACUUUUCCCGUAACCAUAGCCAGGUUGCCUAAAUAGCCACUGAUAACAGUAUUUCUAGUUUUAAUGGCAUUUAUUUAUGUAAAUCUGACUUCCCAUAAUGGCAGGAGUGCCAGCAAUGAAAAUUACAUUGUUCUGAAACUUUAGGUGUCUCUGAACUAGUCCCAAAAUUUCUUGUUGCAGUGAUGCUGAUUUUCGUAGUAUUAUGGUAGUGUAAAACUGACAGAACUAUCACUGAAAGACCAUAUUCUAAAAUAAAGUCUACUUUUUGGUAACUGUAAAAUUAUUUUUGUUCAGUUUUAAUGUUGGGCUUUUGACACUGACCAACCAUUAGCCUGCUAACACACCCAGUCCAGUGUGAAGUGUUGUUGCUUGUUUGCCCCUUGCAGGUCAUCACUUAGAGUGUUUGAGCUUGACAGUAUAAGCACUAUACAAGAUGUGCUUUUUGUGAGUAAUUUAUCCUGCCAUAUUUUUUUGACAUGGAGCAUGGCACAGAAGUAAUACAAUUGUAACUUGCUGCACGUGAAGCAUACUUUCUGCAGCCUUUUCUCUGCUGUUGGCAUGCUUAAUAACCCACAAUAUUUGCAGAGUAAGCAUUUUUAUUUUAGAUCAGACUUCACCAAACCUAAGAAACAUUAACAAACGAUUGUUGAGUGCAUAGGCCUUACUCACUGUGUCUGCAUUUGUGGUAUAUUAUAAUGUUCUCAUUUCCAUGGAUCUAGAGCUGGUUUGUGGUUUGGAGUUGUGCUUAUUUCCCGUUAUAGUCUGCAAAAUGUACUUAUGCUAGUUUAGGUUUAAACUGUAGAAGACCCUAUUUUCUUCUCUAGUGCAUUUCUGUUCACUCAUAGUAUGCCUGGCAUUCCUUGAGUAAUGAUAGUUAUUGCCUUCUUGGUAAGAUGUGCAGAGAGUUCAAGGGAGUGGGGAGGAAGUUCAAGCUGAGUGUGUACCUUUCAUUGCCAAAUUGUCAAGGUUCAAUGCCAUUUCUUGUGUAUUGUUCCCUGUUCAGUAGUUAGUCUAUCUCAAUAUCACACAUCACGUUUCUGUUUAAUAAACAGUACACAGUUUAAGCUAUCCCUUCUUACAUAAUAUUGUAAAUAAAUAUGUACAUAUUUACAGUCUUUUAUUGAAAAAAUACUGCUUUUUUGUCCUAAAACGAGUUUAAUAUGUUCUGUUGUGUACUUUAGUAAUUGGUGGUCUGGAACUAUUAUGUUUGUAUGGAUGUACUUAUAUGUGUUAAAAGGCAUUGCUUCAUAUCCUUCUACCAAAGGGAGUUGAUUAUAUUUGUAGUUUUUGUGAAUUUUGGACUGUGUGUCUCUGCACACAUAUUCAUAGCUGUGCUUUAGUGUGUGUACGCUAACUUCUGUUUAUGAAUAAAUCUUUUAUCUUUUUCGAAUAUAUGAACACAAGAUGUAUCACUUUGCAGUAUGAGUUAUGUAUUUUUUUUCUUUUCUGUUUGUUUUUAACUAAAGAUAUCUGAAUCAAAUAUGUGUCUCAAAUGCUUGUAUCUUCUGCUAGAAAUAAUGGAAAAAGAACCACUUGAUUUUUUCUGUGAUUUAUUUUGCCCUAGGUGCCUUCAUACCAGAAAUAUGUUUCUCUCUAGAAUGUGUACAGUUCAUUCCCAAUUCUAGAUUAAACUCAGUAUUAAAGACCACUUGAGGUGGGGAACAGCC